AUGUGGCCCAAUAUUAGCUCAGCCCCUUUUGUUUUGACUGGUUUCCCAGGUCUGGAGGAAGCCCACCAAUGGAUCUCCAUUCUUUUCCUUGCUGUGUAUAUUACUGUGAUUCUGGGCAAUGGCACUCUCCUCGUCCUCAUCAGGGAUGAUCACAGUCUUCAUGAGCCCAUGUACUAUUUCCUGGCCAUGCUGGCAGCCACUGACCUUGGGGUUACUAUAACCACAAUGCCUACUGUACUGGGAGUUCUGUGGUUAGAUCAUAGGGAAAUUGACCAUGGGGUCUGCUUCUCCCAAGCCUACUUUAUCCAUUCACUCUCCAUAGUUGAAUCAGGUGUCUUGCUUGCCAUGGCUUAUGAUCGAUUCAUUGCCAUUCGCAAUCCCCUGAGAUAUACAUCUAUCAUCACCAACUCCAGAGUGGUAAAGAUUGGAGUGGGAGCACUACUAAGGGGCUGUGUGUCUAUAGUUCCUCCAAUAGUACCCCUCCAUUGGUUCCCUUACUGCCAUUCUCAUAUUCUCUCUCAUGCCUUCUGCCUCCAUCAGGAUGUUAUCAAACUGGCUUGUGCAGAUAUCACUUUCAAUCGCAUCUACCCAGUUGUCCUGGUUUCAUUUACUGUAUUCCUAGACUCCCUGAUUAUCCUUUUGUCUUAUAUACUAAUCCUUAAAACAGUCAUGGGCAUUGCCUCAGGAGAGGAGCAAGCCAAAGCCCUUAACACCUGUGUCUCCCACAUCUGCUGUGUUCUGGUCUUCUAUGUCACAGUGAUUGGUUUGUCCCUCAUCCACCGUUUUGGAAAGCAUGUGCCACGUGUGGCUCACAUUGCUAUGAGCUAUGUCCACUUCCUCUUCCCUCCACUAAUGAACCCCAUCAUCUAUAGCAUCAAAACCAAGCAGAUUCAGCGUGGCAUUCUUCACAUGUUCUCUCUAUGUAAAUCCAAGGACUGA